GAGAGGGUCCGGUCGGCCUUGGUGCGGUUCUACAAGUCUCGCAGCACCGACAAGCUGGGCAACGUCGACCGCAUCGCCCGGCGCUACCGAGGCGACAAUGUGGUCGAUCUAUGGGCCGCGUUGGGCAUCAAGUACUCUCUGCCGCCGCCCACGGCCGUGAUGUGGUUGUCGCGCACCCUCGGCGUGCAGUCGGUGGUGCAGUGGCCCAAAGGCGCCGUGCCGCAGAGCGCCCGGCAGGCGCUCCAGCGCCUCGAGGCGCCGGAGGCGCCCAGUGGCGGCGAGGCCGCCGCCGCCGGGUCCUCGCCGCCCACCAGGGCCGCGCUGCUCCGCGCGGCGUUGGAGGAGGGGGACCUGGACGCGGCGGGCGCCCUCGCCUUCCGCGAGGGCUGCCCCGAGGACGGGUUGCGGCCCUGGCUGUGGCGGGCGUUCAUCGGCCGCGAGUCCUCGAGCAGCGGGAAGGGCGCCAGGGACGACGAGGCGCCGAAGAGGCGCGCCGCCUACGCCGAGCUGCGCGCGCAGGCGCCAGAGGGCGACGCUGGCAGGCUUCGCGCCGAGAUCGAGGCCGACGCAAGGGCUGUUUGGCGCGGCGAGCAGUUCUCGGGGAGGCCAGAGGUGGUGGAUGCCGUGGUCGCCCUGGCCAUGACGCAGGCGCAGCAGUGCGAGCGAUACGUGCGCGGCACCUGUGAAAUCGCGGUCCUGCUGCUGUUUGCGAUGAGCGGCGGGGGCACCGGCAGCGUCGCGGACGCCCAGGCCGACGCAUUCUGGUGCCUCUCGCGGCUGCUGUCCGAGGUGCAGGACAGCAUCUCGGACGACUCCACCCUGGCAGAGCAGGCGCGGCGCGCGCACGAGCUGCUGCGCGUGUACGACCCCCCGCUGGCCGACCUGCUGAGCUCGCACGGCCUCAAUGCGCUGCCCACCCUGAGACUCGGCGCGGUGCUCUUCACGCGCUGCGGGCUCACGCUGGUGGCCUGCGUUCGCCUGUGGGACACGUUGCUGGCCGACCCAGCGCGCUUCGCCUUCUGCGACUGCGCGGUCGUGGCAAUGCUGCUGCUCCGCCGCGGCGACCUCCUACAGCGCUCCAGCAUCAGCGGGCUGGCCGAGAUGUUGCUGGAGAUCCCCAGCAAGGCGGAUGUCGGGGCACUCGUGGACACGGCGUGCGCCAUCUGCGCCUUCGAGCGGAGGAAGGGCCUCGACUACCCGCCGAGGCCGCUCGAGGAGGCCGACAGCGGCGCGUAUGCGGCCGCCGCCCUCGACCAGGAGCCGCAGCAGCGGCAGAGUGAGGAGCGCCAGGCGAUGUCGGCGGCGCAGACGAGGCUCACGUCCAUAUGGGGCAAGGUCCGCGCCGCGGGCGCCGAGGCUGCCGCACAGGCACCAGCCUGGGCGCAGCAGGCCCGCGCGACGGCCAAAGAGGUCGCCGCCUCGGCCGCGGUGGUGGCCGCAUCCGCGGCCGACCAGGCCGCGGCGGCGGCGUCGGCGGGCAUCGACCAGGCCGCGGCAGCGGCGUCGGCGGCCAUCGAGGCCUACGAGAGGACCCACAAGGAGUCCGAGGAGGGCGCCGAGGGCCAGCCGCAGCAGGGCCCCCAGCCCGGCGCGGCGGGCGCCGCGGCGGCCGCGGCGGUGCAGGCCGCCGAGCGGGCGGAGGGCGGCGGCGCGGCGGCGGGCGAGCCCGCCGAGGCCGCGGCGGCUGCGGCCGCGCGGGGCUCGGAGAGCCGGAAGGGGCACCGCCACUGCUCGUGGAGGCGCCGAAGUGAGCGGCAGGGUGGUGGCGCGAAGAGGCACGGGGGGCGCAGUGGGAGAGCGUUGGGAUGUCGCAGGGGUGUGCGCUCCUCCCGUGCUGAUUUGGUGCAGGACGCUUGUUUUUAGCCGGCGCACGCUGAGCUUACCGUAGUCGUGGUCAGGUUGAGUUGCCAUUCAAAAGCGCCAGCAUAUCGCAUCAUCUUGGUGGUGUGCACGUAUGGUUUUGUCACUGUGCGAGUUUGAAGCUUGGCAGUUGCAAGCUUCACUUUGUCAAGAGAGCUGUCCGAACAAGUCGCAUCGGUCGGGCGACGUUGAAUUAGAAGAACGGACCUCUUACGGAUUACCCUGUUCUUUCUUUUGGCCCCUCCCUCC